GCGAGGGUCGAGGGUCGAGGGCCUCGGGUUGCGACAACGAGACAGCGGUGCGCCUCGGGUUGGGCGGCGAGGGUGGUGUGCAGCGGCGGGAAUAACUGGGAGUCGAUGGGGUCGAGUAAAGAUGUCUGUGACGAUGGAUCCGNNGGAUCAACACCUUUGAAGAAGCUCGACUUCGAAAUGUUGUUGUUUAUCCGCAUGUCAACAACUGCAUCGCCAAGCCAAAAGCAAGCUUUGGCCCUGCCCGGAUCGAGACACUCCCCGCUGUGGAAGCCUCGCCCCUCCAGUCUUUCUAUCGCAUGUAUGAUCCGAGACGGUAAACACCAAGGCUGGCUGUCUCUGCCCGUCGACACCCUUCCUGCAUGGGCUGCCUUCAAUGCUGUUUCAUUUGAUGGCGUCAGUAUCGGUCCCUUGCCAGGUAAAGAAGACCGUGGCUCGACUGUCAUUGCAAAGCGUNCUCUCGAGGGCGGUCAUGAACCUCNNCCCCUCAUGACCGUACCCAGAGACCUUAUUCUUUCCCUUGACAGGAUACACGACCAUGCAAAGUCAGAUUCUGACUUUCGUGCUGUCCUCGAUGGCCUCGAUGAAUUUGGCAGGACUGCUAGAGGCGCCAUCUUGGCCUUUCUACUCAUGCAAUCUUUCACUGCAUGCCCUUCCGUUCGAAACAAGAAGGGCGUAUCAAGUCCGUUCACCGAGUAUGUCAAGUACCUGCCAAUGGAACCGCUUCCUACCUUCUGGUCUCCCGCCGAGUGCGAACUACUGACUGGCACCACGCUCGCUCCUGCCUUGACUGCAAAAUUGAACUCGCUCAAUCGCGAAUUCGAACAACUUCAAACCGCAACAUCAAACAUACCAUGGUGUGCUGAAGAAUGGUGGGAUGAAGUUGACGGUAUCAUCAGUUUCGACGACUGGCUGCAAGUCGAUGCCUUUUACCGCUCUAGAGCGCUUGAGUAUCCUGGGGUAGGCGAUUGUAUGGUCCCCUGCAUCGACAUGGCCAACCACUCUUCCGGUACCGGCACAGCUGCUAUCUACGAAGCCGAUGGUCAAGGCAACGCGGUGUUGCUGUUACGAGAUGGAAAGGACAUCGAGCAAAACGGGGAGAUUACCAUUACCUAUGGAGAUAACAAAGGCGCCUGUGAGAUGCUUUUUUCGUAUGGCUUCAUCGAGGAGGAGAUGAAGUCUGCUCGUGAGCUGUUUCUCGACCUAUCGAUCCCAGACGACGACCCACUAGGACGAGCAAAAUCGGCAGUUGCAAAUUGCGCUCCAGGCUUCAAGAUCGUCGACGCCGAGGAUGGCGUGAUCUUCGAAGGUGCAUACGUCUGGCUCAUCUGCGUCAAUGAGGAGGAUGGACUCUCGUUUCGGAUCCAACAGACCGUCGAAGGUACUAGAGAGCUGAUCGCCACAUGGCAGGACGAACCGGUGCACGGUUUCGAAGGGUUCCGGUCUAUCCUGGAACAAGACCCUUUGUGGGACGUCUAUCAUCUCCGAGCUGUGAGCAUAUUACAGGAACGUGUGGCGAGUCAGCUACAGGACCUUUAUGGGUCAGAUGACCGAGUCAAUGCCACACAGCACGGCGAUGGCACUGGUAUCAGAGAACGAGCUUGGCAUCUUGCUAAACGACUCAGGUUGCUAGAAAGUGAGCUACUGGAGAAAGCUUACAGCUACUACGAGGACCAGAAACUUCAACUCAUGCAAAGUGAGACUGUGUUGAAAUAUCUGUCAGGACCAGACGUUGAGCCAGAUGAAGAUUUUUCAUGA